AUGUCUGUUCCAUAUCUCAUCAACUCUGACAAGGGCUAUGUCCCAGCCAGCCAACGCAUCCCGUCAGUCGUAAAGCACCUCGUCAGCGACCGCGCCAAGAAAGCUUUGGACCUCGUCGAACGCUUCGUCGAGGAGGAAUGUAUUCCCGCCGAUGCCGUCUUCACACAACAGAUCAGAGAAGCUGGUGAUGCUCACUCAUCAAACAUUGUCGGCAGAUUCGAAUCUCAUCCUUCUGUCAUCGAGGACCUGAAGAAGCGAGCUCAGGAAUUGGGCUUGUGGAAUAUGUUCUUGCCUAAGAAUCACUUCAAGGAGGAGGGUGCUGGGUUCAGUAAUUUGGAGUAUGGAUUGAUGGCGGAGUAUUUGGGACGAAGUAUUACUGCUUCGGAGGCAGUGAACUGUGCUGCUCCAGAUACAGGUAACAUGGAAGUGUUUGCCAAGUAUGGUACUCAAGAACAAAAGGCGCAGUGGUUGAAGCCAUUGAUGGACGGCAAGAUCCGAUCAGCUUUCCUCAUGACUGAGCCGCAAGUUUCGUCUUCUGAUGCGACAAACAUUGAGAUGAGAAUGCACAAAGAGGGCAACGAGUGGGUACUGAAUGGCCAGAAAUGGUGGUCUUCUGGUGCUGGCGACAAGCGCUGCAAGAUCUACAUAGUGAUGGCCAAAUCUGAUCCCAACAACAGCAGCAAGUACAAGCAACAGUCCGUCAUCCUUGUCCCAGCAGAUACUCCUGGUGUUACCGUCCACCGCAUGCUUGGUGUUAUGGGCUACGACGAUGCGCCGCAUGGUCACGGCCACAUCUACUUCGACAACGUACGUGUACCGGACAGCAACAUGAUUCUUGGUGCUGGACGAGGUUUCGAGGUUGUCCAAGGCCGACUUGGACCUGGUCGUAUUCACCACGCGAUGAGAAGUAUCGGCAGUGCAGAGAAGGCUAUGGACUGGUAUCUCGCACGACUCAACGACCCCGCCCGAACACCAUUCGGAAAGCAAUUGGCCGAGCACGCCAUUCAGCUCGAGAGAGUAGCGCGGAGCAGAGUCGAGAUAGACAGUGCUCGACUUGCUGUCUUGAACGCAGCCAAUACCAUAGACGAGGGUGAUGCCAAGUCGGCACUGAAGGAGAUCGCAGAAGUCAAGGUUGAGGUCCCAGGCGUACUGAUGAACGUACUCGAUCGUGCCAUGCAAGCAUACGGUGGUGCCGGUGUCAGUCAAGACACACCACUGGCGCAGAUGUGGGCUAGUGGAAGGACAAUGAGAAUUGUCGACGGUCCAGAUGAGGUUCAUAUGAUACAGUUGGGACGCAACGAGAGCAAGAGAGGUGGAGCGCUGCUGAAGAGGAUUGAGGCUCAGAAGGAGAAGACGAGAGAGCUCAUGAAGCAGUAUGGUUUGAAGAACGAGGAUCCACUGGCGAUCAACAGGGUCAGUGGAAAGAGCAAGCUUUGA